AUGGCUGACGAUACUACAAAAGGUGCUUCCGGUACUGAAGUACCUGAUGUGAGUCCAGGAGCAGGCUUUCAAGUAUAUGUUGAUAUGGCUAAUUUACAUAAUAAAUUAAAAUUACUUAAUUAUGAUGAUGAUUAUGUCAUGAAAUGGAGAAUGAAACCAAUAUCACGAAUUCAUUUUGCUGUAUCUACAAAUGCAGGAGAUCAAUUACAUGCAUUUAUUGCUCUUUCAGCAUGGCUUUUUCAAAAAGGUGGUGUUAGAUUUGAUAAACCAAGCGAAGAUGAUGAUCAAAGUGUUUUACUUCAGAAUAUUAUUGCACAAUUUAAGAAGCUAGGUCAUGAUAUAACGAUUAGUGCAAGUAAACUUCGUUCUGGUUCUGGUGAAUCUGUUGUUUACAUUCUCAAUCGACUUGCUGAUGAUGCACUUAAACAAUCUGGUUUUAAUUGGCGAUUGCCAGAAAAACCUGAUGAAUUACCAGAUGCUGAUGAUUCCGGUCUUAAAGAUGAUGAUAAUGAAAUUGAUGUUAAUAAAAUUGAUGAAGAAAUGUUUAAUAGGGAUACUGAUGCUGAUGAAUAUGAAGAAGAUGAAGCUGUACUUAAUAUGGAAGCUUUAACAAAAUUAGGUUUAAAAUCAAGUUCAGUUGGAGCUGCUGCAAUGUCUGAACCGGAAAUUCGUCCUGAAUUAAUUAUGGAAUCAACAACAGAUGCAACUGAAUGGAAAUUAGAAGUUGAACGUGUAUUACCACAACUUAAAGUAACAUUUAAAGCAGAAAAUAAAGAUUGGCGUGCACGACAAGAACAACGUUUAACAUAUAAAUCACAAAUUGCAACUUCACUUAAAGAUGCUGAACAAAUGUUAACAAGAUUUCAUACAGAUAUUGCUAAAUCAUUAGAAAAAAUUACAACACGUAACAUAUAUAUUAAAUCACUAUUGACAAUUAUUUGA